AACAACACGUACAGUCAUACAAUGAUAGAUAUACAUACAGUGAAAGGUUGACAAGAUAAAUACAAAUAAUAUUAAAAACUAUUCACAAAAUAAACUUUUCAGUCAUAUCUUCACAAGUUUGAGCAGUGGUGCGCAACAUACAAUUAUAACGCUAUAGUAUGCGUCUUAGAACAUCGGUUGUUUUCCGUGGGAGUUUACUGGCCACCACAGGAAGACGCAAUGAAUCUAAAAGUCUCGAUUGUCAUCAAAAGUUUCUUCCACUGGAAAUUCGGGGGUUGAAUGACCUUAAGCCUAGAGACAACAGACAUAUAUUCUCCAAAGAAAAACCAGUUACUUUGCACGAAAGAUUCCGCGAUUUUAUCGAUUGGACAAAUAUCUGGCCAGCUGCUGCUACAUUCCACCACUCUCUUGUUCCUUUUCGAGUUCGUCAAGGCUCUUGUAAAGUUAGUGUACAUAAAAUUUAACUUUAAGGCUGACAGAAUUUGUCAGAAAACGAAGGUUUUCCCCCUGGAAAGUACGCAAAUGCUGAACUAAUGAAAAUCCCCAACUUUUUACAUCUCACUCCGCCACACAUUAAAAAGCAUUGUGAUGCGUUAAAAAGUAAGAGUAAAAGUAUUCAUUUUUGUAAAAGAAUUUUGCACCUUAUGGCCUUCUGGUUUGAAUUCGAAUGAAACAGUUGAAAAACAUUACCCUGUUGUAAUAGUUAACCGCUCCUACGUAUUUGCCUCUUCAAAUAUACGUGACCCUCGUUCCCGUUUUGUAACUCUUCAGGUAAGCCUACAAAGAGUCUGAAUUUACUUCCAUACUCGUUGAUCUCAACUUAUAUAUAAUGUGCCAAUAAAAUUUUAUGUCCAGAUAUAUCAUAUUAUUCUGGGGUAUACAGCGUCGGUGGGACUCGGUUUUUCUUCAACUUGCAAGACCUUGUUCAAAUACAAGUUUGUGUGCAUUGUCCAAAGACUAGUAGUAUUGCACGACCACUGAAGCUGAAGCAGAUGGACUAGGUUUCUAUUAGAUUCGCCAAAUAAAUGGCACUAAAAAUCACGAAAAUAAGAGGUUUUUUCUUCCCGAACAUUUAAACCUUAAUAACUUAAUAGGUAUGAAUGCCAAGGUUGGACUUGAUUGUUUCAAAUAAAUUGAGCAUUCGGUAGAAAGUUAAUAAUAAAUAUGUCUUUUUGUUUUAUCCCAAUGAGCGGAGAACUUGUAUUUCCGGUGUUUCGUGGCAAUGUAAACCACUUCUUCAAAGUACAUAAAUAACCAAAGUUUUAUUUUAACUUGUGUUAGUUUAUUUUGGUUAUUUACUCUGAAGAAGUGGCCUAAUCACUUAGUUUUGUAAGGCUUUACCGAUUAUUUUAUUCGAAACUAGUGACCAUAAUUCACUACAUGUCCCUUUUCGCCAAUCGUUUUGACAGAACUCAUCGUAAUUGUUUUAGUUUCAGCAGUGGGUCCCUAGUUUUCAUCUUAGCUUUUAUCUUAGUGGAUUUGAUAUACAAUGUCGCAUUAUUUGCGUGACUGGUCACGGAUAUUUUGUUUACUCAAAUACGGAUGUGACUAUUUUGUAUGGUCCAUGUGUUUCUAGCCGGAGUUGAAUUACAUGUUCUAGGACAAAAAACAUCCAGUCAGAGUUUUCUCCAGAAGCUAUCAGUAAUACCAUGUCUCUAUUAUCCAGGUUCUAAGUUGCUCAUCUUAUUUUACCUUUUAUUUGAACACAUAAAUAUUCGUACAAUAGAGUGAAUAAAUGACGUAAAUGAUAAUAAUAAUAAUAAUAGUAAUGGUAAUAAUAAUGUGAAUCGUCUGAUUGUUAGUCGAAGCAAGACAAGUAUUUUCCAUAAAUAUCAACAUUUCAUCAUAUUUGUGUGUGAGCUGUGAUACUGCCCGGGUGCCCAAACCGAAGCAGGUGGUUUUCUUAGGGGGCCACACCCCGAGCCUUUGACCUAAUGGUCUAACCCACAAGGCAGUGGAGCAUCGUGACGAGAUGCAUUCCCAUGGCAGCCGGUGACCAACGAUUGGUUCAUACGCCAUUUGUUGUUUCAGGUUCCUGGAGCCCAUGUGCACCAUUGGUUUAGAAUUCGGUUAAAGCGCCGGACAUUGGCUUUUCGUCCUCUCAUUUUUGUAAACAGCACCCCCGCCACGAGAAGGCAGUGAGAAGGACUUCCCUGGGAGAGGCUGUAUACGCGUGGCCACGUGAGAGCUUUUCGAGAGGGGGCGGGCCCAACCCACUCUCGGCCAUACCAGGGCAUUUGGGGGUAGUUGCUUAUGAGUGAAGUCUUCUAUGCUAACAUACUUUUUCGAGUCAAAUAGUAGCCCCUUUUAGUUUACGUUGGUGUUUAUAUUAUCCAGGUAGUGUUUACACAAAUCCUAAUUCCGAAAAUUGAAUCAGCACCCAAGACUGUUGUUUACAAACAUCAUUUUGUUUUUUUAAACUCGCUUAUGUUUACUUAUUGAUAUUCUCGCCACGUCCAAUUCAUCGUAUUACGUAGUUACUUAAAACGUAAAAGUUCCUAGUAAAAAGUAUGCUUGACAAAAUUAUAGUUAAGGAUAAUGAAUGCACAAAAAUAGAUUGCAUAUGAAUAUUGGUGUCUGUACAGUUAUCGACUCUAUUCCUUUGGUAGUUACUCAUGAAACUUUCAUUUAAGUACUGUGGGAGGUACACAACUCAAACACCUUAGGUGAAUUAUUUAAUUCUCAACACUCAUCCUAACGGUCAAAUACAUUUAAUUUCAUAAUUGAUUGGUCGCUGAAUAGUGACUACUAUCGUAUAUGUCAAGUACUUCUUAGUGCUGAUCGAACUCUGUUGAUCAAGUUGAUAUUUAGCCACCAGUGUAGGUCACUUAAUAUCGUGUGAACUAUGUUAAGAUGUAAGAUAAUGGUUUGAGAUAUUUGAUUCCAGAACAUUCGCGGUUUAAAUAGUUCAGUGGCAACGUCUUCCACUGUAGAGUUAGGUGACAGGAUCAUAUCCCCUUUGGAGCACCAGUUCCUUCAAAAUUGCGUGUAGGCCUCGCUGACGAGCGCCAAAUCUGACGAAGCCUAGGUCCAGAGCUUUUUGUCAAUAGAUACAACCACCAAUACAUUAUUUGGCUUUAAUUUUCUAUAGAUCUUGUUGCAAUGAGUAUACCACAAGGAUGAAUCAAAUACCAACUAUUAAUAUUCUAGUUUACGUGACAUGCUAUGUUUGAUUUGACUUGGGAAACUAUCAAGUUAGAAUACUUAACUUAUACAGUCCGGAUUUUUCUUUGAAAUAACUGUCGGUUUACGUUCUAGAUACGCCUUUCUAACCUUUCGUUGGACGAACAUGCUAGAAGAAAGCUUUUACGGCUUGCGAUAGGUCCUGGUCCAGGUCGCAAUAUUGCAACAUAUGACUGGAAUACAGAUAUCUUAGAGUUAACCUCAGCGAGGUGUCCAACAUCAAAGCAGAACUCCGACUUUUUAAUAUACUUAUUGACAGUUCUUACUAUGGAAUCAAAAAAAACUGAAAAAUGGGAAAUAGAUAAUCCGGAAUAUGAUUGGGUACAAUUUGAUUGGGAUAAAAGUGAAACACGCCGUCGUCUUUUCAACUUACUUUCAUUGUGCGAUAGUGAACAAGUUAUCAAAAAGAAUCAAAUAAAAGAAAGGGAUUUCACAGCCGAAGUAUGUGAAAAUGUUUCUGUGAACAACUUUUUUUGUAAAAUUACCAAAAAUAAUUUUUUUUCUCAAGUAAGAAUGGUUUAUUUAUUCUGUGAACCGGAUGACUCAACAAACAUCCAAGUCGUAAUGUAGAAGUAACCAGACUCAUAUAGCCAAAUAAACAAAACAUUAUGCGAAUAACAGUUGACCAUUAGAGUAGUCAGUCAGUCAGUAACAAUGUAGAACUUCGUACGUACGUACAUCAGUUCGAGUUGCCACACCACAUUAGCACAGAUGCAGUGGUCGAUUCAAAUCCCGUAGUGGUGGAGGUAAUAAGAGUAUAAGCAGUAAUCAGGAAAAUUAGUGUUUGGAGAUGUUAUUUAAAGAGUAUAAUACAGUGAAAUAAAUUUGGGAAGCGAAAAAAAAGAGACAAGGAGGAAUAAGGAGAUCAAAAUUUGGGAGAACACAAAGAGUGGAUGCACCUGCGCCAUUGCAAACGAUUUGGGGCCAUGUCAUUCAGGGUCUCUAACCAUCGGUUGCUAUCAUCUCGCCGGGAAGUGACACCAGCCCCCAUACUCGUAACCAUUAGAGUAAAUCCUACAGAAAACGAAUUAAGACAAACAGUCACACACUUCAUUGUUUCUGUCUGUGAAUUCUGAGGAUCAUUCUAUUUCUCGUCCCUUGAUCUUGCUACUACAAUAUAUUCGGUUUCAGCUUAUGUAUCUGAUGUUUUUCAAUCACCUCAAUCAAUGGCAUUUUAUGAACUAAAUAUCGUCUACUGAAUAUGUAUCCAGAUAUCAUUCGGAGAGUCAAGUGAAAUGAUCGAAAUCUGAUCAAGUGACCCAAUAAGAGCAGAGGAUAAACAUCCAUCAUCCUCUAUUGCUAAACAUAUAAUUGAAACAGGCCAUAAGAUUGAUCUUAACUCUGCUUUCGUGGUGUUGUAUAAAAGUGUAAAAGGGCGUGUACUAAGGUUUGUUGAAGCAUUAGCCAUACGAAAAUUCAAACCCCCUUUGUGUAUUCAGAAACAGUUUGUUCUCAGCUUAAUUAUUUAUUAUUUAUUUGAACAAAUAAAUAUUGGUACAAGAGGGCACCAAAUAUAUAUGCGCCACACAAAGCAAUGAGAACUCGAAGAGAAAAAAAGAAAGUAAGGAGCGUUAAAAAAGUACAAUAACGAACAGAUUAGUGUAAGGUAGUGUAAUAGUAAUAAAAAAAAUAAUAAUAGUAAUAAUGGGGGAAACGGAAAGGUACAAUCAGAAUAAAUCUUUCAGUUAAGGAAGAAACAUCCGUUUUUUAUGAAGAAAGUAAAAGAAGGUUACAGCAGGAUCGCCACUGGCUUCUAUUCUGAGCCAUAUCUGAUAACGUUUCUAGCCACUGUGUAGCACCAUCUCUCGGACCCCAACCAGGGAGUCGUGAAGGACCGACCCAAGCCAGCCCUUUGCAGCUUUCUUUCAUGCCACG